AUGCUGGCAGCUCGCGAUCAAGAAAAUCUGGUUCAUGGCCACCACGCCGCCGCUGCGUCGAAGCCGCUCAACCAUGGCAUCAAAACGUUGCAACCCAAAACUCCAGGAAACAAGUACCCAAAAACGCCCAUGAAGAUUUCCCAUGACGAAAAUGCCGCAAUUACCUUCGGAAAACAGCCUGCAAAAGGAGCUCAAAAAUCUGCGGCCCUUGACAAGAAUGCAUUUGUAACACCAAUACUUGGUCCCCAAACACGCGCUCCUCUUGGAAUGAAGACCACGAACGCAAAGACAAAGGUCUUCCAAACUCCUGGGGUUCCGGUCCUUAACAAGCAGGGCGAGAGAACGGUUCAGAAACAGACGAGCGCUCGUCGACCGAAAAAGGCGACACAUGCUGAGGCAGUCAAGUUGAAGGUCCUGGGAGAUGAGAGUCCUUUGAAGGAGAGGGACUGUGACGUGGAAUACUGCCCGCCCCGCGUGAAGGAAAUGCCCUACGAAUCCGAGGAUUUUCCCGAUGGCUGUCUCGAUUACACGUUGAUUCGAGGCAAAAACCUUAUGAGCGGUAUUCCCAGCCAUCACACCAAACUCGAUACGCAAGGGAGAACUCGACUCGACAAAGUGUUGGAGGACAGCUUUGCAAAAUCGGCCAAGAAGACAGAUGAAUGUGUUCUGAAGAUGAUGGAAGAACAGUGGACCGUGGGCGACGUUCCAGAAACAUUCCACAACAUCCAAAGGAAGGAUGCUCGAUUGCAAGCCGCUGUUUCACACACGAAGCCCGCCGCGAAAUUUACGAGAGCACCAUCAACAGUCUCCUCGAGACGUGCAGUUUCAGCUCUUUCGGAUGUGCAUGCGAAUCCUGUGAUGCAACCAAAGGCCCCCAAAAAGACACAAAAGCCCAUGAUACCAUUUAUGUCUCGUCCUAAGCCAGAACCUGCAAUGGCACAAUCAACACUACGUCAAAGCGCAGUAACGAACAUAUCAAGAAGCACACUUGGAUACUCCAAAGGACGGUCGGCAUCUGGGGCCCUCAGCAAACCGACUGUCUUGCGAGAUACAUUUGUCGACCCCGCGCCAAUAAAGCGCGCUCGUGGUGGCAUGCAACGAAGCGUGAGCACCAUGAGUACAGCUUCUGAUAGCACUAUAACACCGGCAAAGUUUCAAAAGGAGGAGUCCGAAAUUCAGGAAUGGAAGAAAAAGUUGCCAUUUCUUCAAGCCUUCGAUCUUCUUGAAGACAAUGAUUUAGAACCUGGAUUGAGAGGCGUUGUGCCAGAAAGCCUGAGGAGAAUGGACGAGGAUGACGAGGAAGAGUUUGUUCUGACACUAGGUGGGGAUUCUUAG